AUGGCAGACUACGAUCGGCGCGGGCCCCCUCGGGGUGGAAGAGGAGGUCAAUUCAACAAUCGCAAGCGCAGAUACAGAGAUGACGACCGAGACUACGACGACCGACGAAACCAACGCCGCCGUUAUGAAGAACCCCUUGCAAGCAAAAUUGGCAAGAAGUUUCAGAGUCUGUGCGAAUGGACUCAAUACACCGUGGAAGAGGAUGUCAGAUGGCUUGCGAAGACCAUUGCCGACAACUACUUUGACUCCGACCUCACCUCGAGGGUCUUGGAUCUCUGCAUUGCAAUGACUGUCGAACAACCUUUCAAGAUCACCUGGAUCGCCUCAGUGGUGCUUUUGGCGAAUGCGCGUAAACCGGAGUUUGGAGCUGAUGUUCUCACGAAGCUGGGUAACGUUUUGCAGAAGCACAUCCUUGAGGGCAACUGGAGAGAGGCAAAACUGUAUAUCCGCUUCUUGAGCUGCCUUCAAGGUUUAUUUGAGGGCGAGGGCGUCUUCCCCUUGCUUGAAGAGCUGUUUGUACGAGCAGCUGAUCUUCAGACCAAGUCAUCCGACGAUGCGCUUGGUCUUGAGCUGGUCAAGAUCAUCCUGCUCACAAUCCCCUAUGCCAUGGUCUCAUCCGCGAAUGACAUCGAGGCACAGGCGGGCGCAUUACUCGAUAAGACCGACAUCAUUGCCUCGACGCCUCAUACACUCGAAACUCUGGUCGAUCCGUACCCGUCCCUGCAGGCUCAAGGUCCCACCAGCUCGGAGAGCUUGCUUGCCAUCCUUCAAAAACACAUGACAGAAGAAGCAAAGAACUCGUGGCCUCUGUCGUGCCUGCCUCGACCGUGGCGGCCAACUGAGAAGGCUCCCGCAGAUGAAGAGUAUCCUCUAUCGGACGCACAGAAGCAGCCUUUCCCUACCAUCACUCUGCCUGAGAACAUGCCACUUGGGCCUCGGCCGAUCUUCCCCGAGAUCUACUUUUCUGUCUAUUCGGACCAAGAAAUUGCCACUGUCCCACCUCCGUCUGACACCUCAUCGGUCUUGAUCCGUGACGCAAUCAACGACACGAUCAACGCUCUCGAUACAAACAGGUACACCGCGGCGAAGAUUCUGAUCGAUGUUGACUUGUACUUUGCUCCCAGGACCUUUGUACACCGUGGGACCGCCUUCGACAAGGUCCGCGAUGUUGUUCCCGAGGGUCAGGUCCAAUGGAAGUCCGAAGAUGUGGCUGUUGAUGCCUGCUUUGCUAAUCUUUUCCAGCUUCCUGCUCCGGAGCACAAGCUUGUCUACUAUCACAGCGUCUUGACCGAGGCUUGCAGACUGCAGCCGCAAGCGGUUGCGCCCAGUCUUGGUCGCGCUAUCCGAUACUUGUAUCGCAAUGUGGACAGAAUGGAUGUUGAGCUGAGCAGUCGUUUCCUUGAAUGGUUCGCCCAUCACUUGAGCAACUUCGGCUUCACCUGGAAAUGGACUGAAUGGACGGAGGACCUUGAACUCAGUGAUCUCACCCCCAAGAAAGCCUUCAUUCUGGACUCUUUGGAUAAGGAAAUCCGCUUGAGUUUUGCUGCUCGGAUUCGUGGUACGCUUCCUCCGGAGUAUGGCCCCCUCAUUGCCAAGGAGAAAGAGAUAGAUGCGCCUAUGCCCAAAUUCGAGAAAGAAGGUGUUCCGUUUGGCGACAAAGCUAAGGAGAUCGUCCAGCUUAUUCGCAAACGCGCUUCAGUCGACGAGAUGGAGCCAAUCCUGGAGCAGGUUGAGGCCGAAGCCAAAGCCGGUGGCUCUAAUGAUCUUCAGGCAAGGGCUAUUGCCAUCGACGUUCUGGCAACCAGCAUAACCUGGGUGGGAUCCAAAUCUCUGUCCCACGUACUAGCAAUCGUCGACCGAUCUAAGAGCGUCCUCGCAAAGCUCAUGGCCAUUGAUAACGUUGCGAUGCAGUCUCAGAUCAUCUCCAGCAUCUUUGAGUACUGGCAGUUCCAGCCUGGCACCGCGUCAAUCAUCACACUCAAGCUUGUCAACUAUCAGGUUCUCACACCCGAAGGCGUCAUUGCAUGGACUUUCGGCACCGGUAUCGAUGGCGGCCGCUGCCUCAGCAGGGUUCACAGCUGGGAAAUCGUCACGGGAGUGCUUGGUAAAGUCGCUAUGAAGGUCAAGGAAGUGGUGCAUUUAGCGCGUACGCCGGGCCUCGAUGAAGAGAAGCGCACAGAACUUAGUGGUGUACUAGAGACUGAAAUGACGGGACACCGUGCGCUCUUUGCGCAGAUGAAGCGAGGACUACAAACCGUACAGACGGGGCAGAUGGCCGCGAACGGGGACAGGAUGUUAACGGAGGAAGAAGAAGCACUGGUCAAGGUGUGGGUGGCGAAAUGGAGCUGGUGCAUGGAUCGCAAGGAGAAGGUUAUGGAAAUGUGGGUGAGAGAUGAGAUGGCGAAGCCGGUGCCUGAGCGGGAAAUCGUGGACGAGAAGAUGGAGGAGAUCACGAUGCAGGAUACACGUGCAACGAACGGACACGGUGACGCCAAUGGCGCCACGGGCUCCGGCGAGCCAGAAUCGCAGAUGGAUGCGGAGGUGUAA